AUGGUGCUCCUGCCUGGAUGCGCAGCCUGUGCUUGCGCAGGCAGACAGCACCAGCCCCCCAUCGAGCUGACCACCAGCUCGGUCCUUCCUGGCGCGCCGCUUUUUCUGGUUUGUUCCUAUCCUGGCGCCGCCUUGGCGCGCAGAAGCCCGACUCGGCGGGCCUCCUCACUAUCCCCCCGCCUGGCGCGCCGCUUUUUUAUUUUGUUCCAACUAUCCCCCCCCCUGGCGCGCCGCUUUUUUUUUGUUCCUAUCCUGGCGCCGCCGACGGGCGCGCAGAAGCCCGACUCGGCGGGCCUCCUCACUCUGCGGCGGCAGGGGGCCCUUCGCUUCUGA